AUGUUGACAUGUGAUCACCCUAUCCCUCCGGAUCGGUACAAUGAGAGAGUGGAGGAGCAUUUACGAUCAACUGGGUUUUACCAUGUCGCCCAUAUUGGAGUAGUUCAAUGUCAGAAAGCACUGGUAAAUGCUUUAGUGGAAAGAUGGCACUCGGACACAUAUACCUUUCACCUUCCGGUUGGUGAAUGUGCCGUGACACUGGAAGACGUGGCUAUGAUCUUUGGUCUUCCGACCAACGGUCUUCCAGUGACAGGGAUGACUUUGAGUAGUUUUGAAGUCUUAGAGGCGGAAUGUCUGCACCAGUUUAGGGUCGCACCGAGAAAUAUACAGGUGUACGUUAAGUGCCACAUCAUGUUGUUGAUCGGUACGAUCUUGUUUGGAGACAAGUCUGGGGCAUCUGUCCAUUGGAAGUUUCUGCCUCUGCUUAGUGAUUUUGCUAGUAUUGGACAGUACAGUUGGGAAUCAGCAUGCCUAGCACACCUGUACAGGAGUUUAUGCAGGGCAUCACGUUUUGACUGUAAGAAAAUCGAUGGUCCGCUAACACUUCUACUGUGUUGGGCAUGGAUUCGCCUACCAUAUCUAGCGCCGGUUCCUAGGGAACCCCACAGUUUUCCACUUGCAAACAGGAAGGCCUUGGAUGAUCUUCAGGAAGGCCAGUUUUUGUGGGUUGCAUAUUCUACUGAUCGUGUUGAUCUAGACAUAAUUCCUGCAGACAUCUACAUGGACUCGGUGAUUUGGAGUGCAACGGUGCCGUUGGUAUCUUUUGAAUGUAUUGAAUGGCAUGCUACCGACAGGUUUAGACGACAGUUCGGUUUCGUUCAGAGAGUUCCUCAUCAGGAACGGAAUCUAGACCGGGCACACGGAGAAGUCUUGACUGGUCCUAAGAAUCUGAACUGGGCCACAGCCACGACUCAUUCAUUUUGGGUGAUGCAGUGGGUAAACAGGUAUAAUCACGUUCCCACUGAGCUUCCCAUGGCUCCACAGCAGCCAUUAGAUACUUAUAUGUACUGGUACCGUUCAAAGUAUGGCGAUCACUUGAACUUGUCGGAUCUUGUGGUCCAAGAGGAUGUUGAGGGUGACCAGGUUAUGGAUGAUGAAAAUGAAGAGUAG